AGGGAAAGCGCACCACGCUACAAUACCUUGUUCUUCUGUAUUUCCUUGACUCAUUCUGCUCUCUGCUACUCUAUUUCCUCUCUUUCUCUGCAAUUGGAUCGUCCUUUACCAGUCGAGAAGGAACCGAAAAUGCCCCUGAUUGAGGGGUGGCUCCCGCCGACGCGGGAGAACUGGCAGACUAUCACUACUGUGUGGCAGCUUUCCUGGCCUGUGUUCGGCUCUCUGCAGUAUGUCAUCAAUUGGUACGGCAUGGGCAAGACCUCGGUCACGAGCCGCCUCAACAUCCCCGGCCGCCUGGCGUGGUUCCUGAUGGAGAUUCCGGGCGUCACGACGUUGUUGUACAUCAUGAACACCCUGCCGCGACAGGUCGGGAUUGACGAUCUGCCGUGGCAGAAUAAGGUGCUCGCUGGGUUAUUUACCAUCCACUACGCCUACCGUGCCGUCCUAUUUCCGAUCCUCCAACCCUCAAUGUCCCCGAUCCACGUCGUCGUCGCCUCUUCGGCCGUCCUCUUCCAGCUCAUGAAUGCGACAUGCCUGGGAAGCUAUCUCGCCGCCUACGGCCCCACCACAGCCUCAGCAUGGGACUCUGCCCUCGGCCGCGGCGGCAUCGCGCAGUUUGUCGUGGGCAUUGCCGUCUUCUACGUCGGCUUGACGCUCAACUACUUCCACGACGAGGAGCUGCGCGAGAUCCGCAGGACGGAGCAGCGGCGCCAGGCCAAGAUUGCGAAGCAACAGAAGCUGGAUGGUAAUACAGAUAUGGCAAAGGGCGUGGAUAAGCAUUAUCGGCUGCCUGACACGAUGCUGUUUCGGUAUAUGCUGUACCCGCAUUACUUUUGCGAGUGGGUGGAGUGGUUUGGAUUCUGGAUGGCGAGCGGGUGGAGCGUACCCGGAAGGGCGUUCUUUUUGAAUGAGAUCUUUGUCAUGUUUCCGAGGGCGAGGAGCGGGAGGCGGUGGUAUGUUGGGCAGUUUGGGGAGGAAAAGGUUGGGAAGAAGUGGACUAUUAUUCCGGGGGUUUAUUGA